ACAGGAAGGUAUCACAACACAUGGUGUGGGGUGGCCACCCAAAGCAGGGAGAUUAAGAUCUGGCCAAGGGAAAUACUGCAGCCAAGCAUUUUUGACAAAGCCUUUAUGAAGCCUGUAUAUAUGUGGGCAGGUCUUGGUUAUUAAUCUAUUUUUUAUUCUCUAGAAUAUAAUUCUAAUAAUUUAUUACUGUAAUUUUUUUCCAAGCACCUUUUUGCAAUCAUAAUCUGACACGUGGUGAACAGCAGUUUUUGCAUCAAGCAGGUUCUUAUUGAGGUGCCUGGAAAUUCAACAGGCUGUAACAUAUUUUUAUCUGCAAGUUUCCAUUUGCAGAAAGCCAUUAAGGAUAAUCUUACAAAAUUGAAGCAGCAGCAGCAGGGCUGUGUAGCUCCUCUGUAGGCAUUAAAAAAGAGCAUUUUCAGUCAUGUCACUCCCAGCUGAGAGGGGGAGAUGUGCCCCAUAUGGGAACUAUAUUUGCCACACGUUUCAGGGAGAUCUGCUUUUGCUGCAUCCCUGAAUGAGUUCCAUGCCUUUGCUGUUUCAGGCAGCUGGGCAGACCGGUCCCCUCUCCAUGAUGCUGCCUUCCAGGGACGCCUGCUCUCUCUGAAAACCUUGAUUGCACAGGGUUUCAACGUGAACCUGCUGACCACAGACCGGGUGUCAGCUCUGCACGAAGCCUGCCUGGGUGGGCACGUGGCCUGUGCCAAGGUGCUGCUGGAAAACGGGGCCCAGGUGAACGCAGCCAGCGUGGACGGGGUGACCCCUCUGCUCAACGCCUGCUGCAGUGGCAGCGCAGCCUGUGUCAGCGUGCUGCUGGAGUUCGGGGCCAGGGCACAGCUGGGGAGCCACCUGCCUUCGCCCAUCCACGAAGCAGUCAAGAGAGGUCACAGGGAGUGCAUGGAGACCCUCCUGGCCCAUGAGGUUGACAUUGACCAAGAAGACCCUCAGCACGGCACCCCUCUCUACAUGGCCUGCACCUACCAGAGAACAGAAUGUGUCAAGAAGCUUUUGGAGCUAGGAGCCAGUGUGAACGUGGGGAAGAGACUGGACACCCCCCUGCAUGCAGCAGCCAGGAAAUCCAGUGUGGAGAUAGUUGUCCUGCUGGCAGACUAUGGUGCUAACCCAAAAUUAAGAAAUGCUGACCUCAAAUGUGCCCUGGAUCUUGCCACACCCCACAGCAAAGUGGAGCAGGCGCUUCUGCAGCGGGAAGGUCCGGCCAGCCUGGCCCAGCUGUGCCGCUUGUGCAUCAGGCGGCGCCUGGGUCGCUCCUGCCUCUCCGCAGUGCACAGGCUGCGCCUGCCCGAGCCGCUGCAGGACUUCCUCCUCUACAGGUAGGGCUCUGGCUGCCCUCAGACUGCAAAGGAAACUGCAACAAAUGGCUGCUUACUCCAAGAUCAUUGUAGCAAAGAAAAACAUUCAAAGGCGUCAUUAACUGUCAUUGGCUGCUGUGUGACUGUGAAAAUUGAAAACUCCUCUUCACAGGCAGUGGAUGGUACUCUGGAUACAGUGCCCUCACAAUCUAUUGCCACAUCGACUGACACCAGCCUGGGAAGUCCCAUAAACAGCUCACUUGACACGUCUGUAGAUGCAUAUGCACAUGUCCACUCACCCACACACACACAGAGAUUUCCUCUGCAUUUAGGGCAAUGUUUAUUUGUGCACUAUCUGUGCAGCAUCUUUCUUCCCUUUGUCUAUCCAAUCUCAAUGCCAAAUUCAAGGCAGUGGGUGUUUUUCUUCCAUUAGUAUGUGAAAAUGAAAGCUUUCAGUGAGGAACAUCAGACAUACACAAUGUACUGCAUGUCUUCUAUCAGCUUUGAUUUUGCAUCCUUUCAUCUCCUUCCUAUUGUCUAUCAAUUUCCAGCAGUCUCUGGCUGCCCAGCCACUGUACAUCCCUGAGCACAGCUGUUCCCAGUGGUAACACAUCUUGUCCUUGGAGGUACAAGUGGUGUUAUGAAAGCAAGUGCAGGGUUUUCAAGUAAACCCACAAAAAUGUGUCAAAGUCUUAAAAAACCCUUUUGUCUCUUCUAGAAAAAAAAUCCCUCCAAAGUUUUAUCACCUGAGAUCUGGCUGCAUUCAUUACAUGAACAUUUUCUCUUAGCUUAAUUUCAUGACAGAACUGCAAAGAUUUUUCUAGGCAUAGUAGGUGAUAUUUCAAUGUCCAUCCUUUGCAAAGUUUAAAGAAAAGCAGAGGAGUUCUCCUUCUUUUGGCUUUGCAUGCUUGACAUUUCUCAAGGUAAGUCCUUGGAUUGUGGAGCUGGAGAGAAGCAAGGCCACUAAAGACAAUUGUGCAUCACCCGAAUGUUGUCCUUUUGGGAUUGGAUUGUUAAUGGGUAAAUGUUGGAUUUUCCUCACCAGGAGUGGUUUGCAGGCUUGUCUGCUCCCUCACUCCCUAUUCUAGAGGUUUUAAUUACCUCCCUAGGACAAAGGAUUUUUUUAGAGUGUUAUAAACUUGUCCAUUGUCUAUUAGUUUAAAUAAUGUGGGGAUUAGUAGCUUGGAAACAGCAGGGCUGAAAGCAGACACCUUUUUGACUUAAGAAAUGUGGGAUCCAGUGAUAGUUGCUGUUCCUGUUUGAAUUCAUAAAAGUUUAUUUUGUUUUUCCUGGGGAGAUUCUUCCAGGGGACAAAACAUUUCUUCAGAGCCAGGUUUUGGUAAACUUCUGCCGUGAGACAGGCAGUAGUGUUUCAUUAGCUGUAGUAGACUGAGAAGCAGAAUUAAAAGCAGUCUGUCUCCAUUUUGCUCAACUUCACAGGUUCUAGAGGCUGCUGACACAUUUUCAGGCUGUGAAAUGUAGUGGUUUCUUUAUGAGUUAGGCAUACUGGCACCAAUUUUCACUGCCCAUACAUCUUAAUUCAGAGGGAAUUGGGCUGCUGGAGCCUGGACACAGGACUGGCUUCCAGCAGCAGUGAAGCUCCUGCCCCUGCUCCAGCAGCAGCAGUCUCUGGUUCAGUGCUAAUCCCUUAAUGUCACCAUGACAGUUCUCUGAGACAAAGGUCCAAUGUUUCCCAUACUUCUUUAUGAUUAAUCCAGCACUAGUAAGAUAAAUUGAGCUCUCAGCAGCUCAUGAGACUGGACCUUCAACAUUACAGCCAAAAAUGGAUGCAGUUUUCAGCCUCUGUUUGCACACAUUGAAUGUUAUCUGAUGGCAAGAGAUAUUACCCAUAAAGUUGUCAGUGACAUCAAUGACCUUGUAUGGUAUAAAACUUCAUGAGUCUCAGAGAUUUGAACACUAAAUUCUCAAGAGCCUUUGAAAAUCAAAUACUAUCAAGAAAGAAAUGUCUGUAUUAAUCUGAUGUCAGCAGAUCUCUCUCAGUUCUAUCUUUACUGCAAACUCACCUGCUCUGCUAAGAGGGUGGCAGUGAGAAUACCCCCUGCUCUCUGAAUGGAGAGACAGCCUCAGAUGUGUGAGCUGCCAGACUUGCACUGCAAUCAAGGGACUAAGGCAAUUUAUGGGAUCUAUUUCAGAAUGUGUAAUGCUGAAUUGAUUUCCUUCUGCAAUCAUCAAUGAAAGCAGUAUUUCACUUGCAUAGGAUUUUAAAUUGAAAAAAUAUAUCUCCAUUAAGAAAAUGCAGUCUUUUCAGCCUCUCAGAAAGUUUUAUCUCAAGAAGCAGGAGAAAGUGCCCUAUAUUUAUUCCUGAUAUUAGCUUGCUAUGAAAAAAAAUCACCUUACCUUUUCUUCCUGGAGACAUCAUUCUCUCUGAAAUUCUGUAAAUCAGAGUGUCUGACAGCCUUAAUAAAUCAGAGGAGAAGUUCAGAAGUCCUGAGAUUAAGAAAUUUAAUUAGAAACUUUACCUAGACUUCCUUGCUCUUACUUCAAAAUGUGAAGUCUUCCAUUUAAUUCUCAUGGACUGUGCUUUGUGUCAUAACAAUGCAUGGAAAUACUGAGGAAAUAGCUGGAGGAAGUAUUUCAUUUUUUUUUCAAAAAUGCCAUCUCAUGUGAGGAUAAGGAAAGACUGGGGCAGUUUUCUAUGAGGUUAUUGACUCUGAGUGAUUUUUCAAAAUGAGUUUGGAAAACAUCUGUCAGCUGCUUUUCUGAAGGUGAGGGAAGAGCAACUAAUCUCACAAGGUCUCCUUUAGAACAAGUGGUGUCUUCUCUGUCAUUCCAUGUUCAUUGACUGAAAUCAGUUAUUUGGGUAAGGUAUGGCUUUCCUGGGGAUACAGACAUUUUUAUGUGCUGCAAUUCCACUGCUAUACAGUGCUCUCUCAGUCUCUUGCCAAAAUCUGGCUCCACAGGUUUCCCUGUAGCUUGAGGUUAAUUUUUCCCAGUUUUCUCUGCAGCAUUCUGGUCAAUGGGCCAUGUCCUCAGGGACAUACAACACUGGGUAUAAAUAGACCAACACAUUUUGGGAGGGCUUAAUAAACAAUACUUCUUAAGGUAGCUAGGAAAAGAAGUUUCAUUCUGAUUUGGCUCCAAAAAGAUCUCUGUUUAGACCUCCUGCCCAGCCUGUUGUGUUCAAGGUGACCUCUGUUCCUACAGUGCAACUCUGCUAUUGGCAUUAAACAAUCCUCCAUCCUCUCCAGGACUCAACUUCUCACAGCACAUCUGCCAGUCCCUGAAUUUCUGUCUGUCCAGCAUGCCCAGUUAAAUCUGCCAUUCAGAGAGUGAAAUUUAAAAGUGUAGGGACAUGCCAGACUGCUGAAACUUGUUGCUGUACUGUAGGAGCUGAAAUUCCCCUUGUCUGCCUUGAGGUGCCAACACCCACCUUCCCAGGCAGAUGCAGGCUGUGAGGGAGGCUGUCUGUCUGUCUGUCUGUCCACCUGUGUGCUCUCUCUUUUUGUGAUGGGACUUGCCUGUGCCACUUUGGGCAGUGGGACAGGAGGAUUUUCUCCUCCUGACUCUGUCUUCCCCCAGGGCACUUGAGCCUGGCCAAAGUCCUCCUCAAGGCACUGAGAUUUCUUCUCUCCACACAUGCUAGAAAUAAAUGUUGUGUUUUCCCUGUGCAAACCCCUGAAAACAAGGUCAGUGUCCCCUUGGUGACACUCUGCAGGACAGGGCACAGGGGCUGCCCAGCACCUUUCUCUCCCAAUCCUGACCUUCUCCUGCAGCACAAUCCUGCUGUCAGCAUUUAACACCCUCCAGCCUUUAUUGGUUUGAAAAUAUUAGUGCUGUGUCCCAGCAUGGCAUUAGGGCAAGUCUGAUAAAAAUGAAAAUGAAAUAUAUUCACUGACUCUUAGCUGAAAAAUCUCUCUGACCUGGAGUGAUGGUUCUUAAUGCCUUUGUGUAAUUAUUUUUUCAGAAAUUAGCAUUUCCCACAUGCCAAUUGCUCCUCACUUUUUUUUUUCUUUUAAUGUUCUGAGUGAGAUGUAUAUUAUUGUCAAAUACAGAUUAUUCCACACAGAAUUUCUACCUAAUUUGAUUUUUAUUUCUUGAAAGUUCCUUUAUUCUUAAAUUUUAUACUAUUCGUAGAAACUAUGUACA